AUGAUUUUUGACCAAUUAAAAAUGAGUCAUUUUUUUCCACUGACUCUUUCUCCUACGGCUGAUUAUUUCUACUCUGACUUCUUCACGGAAACCCUUAUUAUAAAAUUGCAGAAAAUCCAUGUCUAUUUGCUGCAGAGCGUUGUUUGAUUAUUAACUGUAACGACGAAUAGGCGACGAGGGCAUUAUGGGAAAUUACGCAUCCUGCGCGCUGUCCGGACCGCCGGGGAAGGUAAUUUUCCCGUCCGGCGAAGUCCGGCGGCUGCGCGAGCCGACAAAAGCCGCCGAGCUUAUGCUGGAGGCGCCGAGCCAUUUUCUCGUCGACUCGAGGUUGCUGAAGAUCGGAAGAAGAUUCGCUGCUCUGACUCUGACCGCCGACGACAACCUGGAGAUCAAUGGCGUCUACGUCUUCUUCCCGAUGAAGCGGCUGAAUGCGGCGGCGACGGCGGCGGACAUGGCGGCGCUAUUUCGGGGCAGAAGAGGAUUUAGAAUAUCGCCGGAGAGUGGCUCCGGGAGAGCGUCGUCGGCGCUGACGACGGAGCUGAACAUGGAGGCGGCGACGCCGGAAUUUAAUCGGCGAUUGUCUAUGUGCAGGUCGAGGAAGCCAUUGUUGGAGACGAUUGUUGAAGAGCCUCCUCUGAUCAGUUAUUUGAGAUAACCAGAAAUUGAUCAGACAUUUAUAUAUAUAUAUAUAUAUAUACCUGUACGUGUAAUUCUAGGUUUGGGAUGAAGCUGCUGAAGAAGAUAAUGCCUUCUAGAAAAAUUAAUAAUAAUUUAAUUAUAGUAGUUUUUUUUUUGUGU